AUGUCGGUGCUGAUCAAGCGCAACACGGCGAUCCCGGUCAAGAAGACGCGCGUGUACACGACCGAAGCCGACUACCAAACCCAAGUGAACGUGGUCAUCUACGAAGGCGAGCGCGCGUGCGUGGACCACAACAACAAGCUGGGCGAGUUCACGAUCUCGGGCAUUGAACGCGCCAAGCGCGGCGAGCCCCAAGUGGAAGUGACGUUCGAGAUCGACGCCAACGGCAUCUUGAACGUGAGCGCCAAGGACAAGAAGACCCACGCCAAGGCCGAGACCACGAUCAGCAGCAACGGCGGCCGCUUGAGCCAGGAAGACAUUGACCGCAUGGUGGCGGACGCGGAAAAGUACAAGAAGGACGACGCCGAAGUGCUGCGCAAGAUUGAAGCGCGCAACAACUUGGAAGGGUUCAUCUACCGCGCCUUGGAAAUCGCCCGCGAAAAGGGCGACAGCCAGGCCGAAAACACCAUCCGCGAAGCCCGCGAAUGGUUGGAAGACCACGAAGAAGCCACGCUUCGCGAGUUGGAGGACAAGAAGCGAUUGUUGGAACGAUUGAUCAAGUACUAA